CCGCUCCUGUUGAUAGUUACGUGGCGGUAGUAUCUCUCUUCCAUCUUGGUUUAUGUCUUUUCCGGUACACUAGCCAUCAUGAGUCGCGUCAGGACCAAGACGGUCAAAAAGGCCGCCAAGCUCAUCAUCGAGAAAUACUAUACUCGAUUGACUAUGGACUUCCAUACAAAUAAAAGGAUAUGCGAAGAAAUAGCUAUUAUUCCGAGUAAAUCUUUGCGAAACAAAAUCGCUGGAUUUGUCACGCAUUUGAUGAAGCGUCUUAGACACAGUCAGGUCCGUGGUAUUUCCAUCAAAUUGCAAGAAGAAGAGAGGGAACGCCGUGACAACUAUGUUCCCGAAGUCUCUGCUCUGGAACACGAUAUCAUCGAGGUUGAUCCAGAAACUAAGGAAAUGUUACAAAUGCUUGGAUUCAAUAACAUUCCAGGUCUCCAACUCACACAAUCUCAACUACCACCAUAUAGCAGGCGUUCUUAAAAUAUUCUUUGUAUUAAAUAAGAUUGCUAGCAUUGCAUUUUUCAAUAAAAUUGCAGGCUGACAUUCUAAACAA